GAUUAAUUGAAAAUGGCUGCCAUUACCUCAUCCAUACAUGAAGCGAAAUGGAAAUGCCAUCGCCCUCUUCGAUGAAGCCAUCUUUCAAACAUGACAUUUCCAUCAUUAAAUUAUUGCACAAAAAAAUUGUGGUUAAAUUAAAUUCAGAAAUGUAGCAUUAAUUGUGUCGUCAUCAUCUCAUAGAAAUGUAUGCCCAGAUAUUUGGAAAGUCGUUCCGACGGACCGUGAUGUUAUUGACAUUACUUCUGCUGUUCUUACCUGUACCUGGAAGUCAGCUGUCGGAUAAUGGGAAAUGUAACGAAACCUCUCCAUUGGAAAAUGUCAAGAUCGAAUAUGGAAGCAAAGUUAUUGAACAUGAAUACAUUGUGUCAUUUAAUGGAUAUUACAAAGCACAAACAAGGAAACGUUACCUGACAGCGGCCCUCCAUAACUCGGACGUAGUGUCCUGGAAAAUCUUGCCGAGACACAACCCAGCCAAUGAUUAUCCCAGUGACUUUGAAGUGGUGAAGUUGAGUGAUGGAGGCAGGGCGGGGGUGGAGGGUCUACAGGACCACCCACUGGUUCGACGGGUCACGCCCCACAAACAGGUGACCAGGACCCUCAAGUUUGUACCAGACAUGGGUCACUCCAAGGAUCAGGCGAACCGAGAUUUUGACAAGGUGGAGGUCAAUGUGGAAGAAAAGGGGGAGGACAAACAGUGUAACUGUACUGGCAAGGAUGAACCCUGCCAAGCCUCGUGUGACCAGAAAAAAACCGGGAAUCGCCGCAGUCUAUCUCUGAGCGCAACAUACUGGCACUCACCGGUCCGCUACAGAAACAGACGCCUCCUCAGAGCUGUCCCAAAGCAGAUUGUUAGUGCUCUCCAGGCUGAAAUUCUGUGGAACAUGGGGUACACAGGUACGGGGGUGAGGGUGGCUGUGUUCGAUACAGGACUCGCAGAGGAUCACCCCCACUUCAAAAAAGGCAGGAUUAAAGACAGAUCUAACUGGACUAAUGAGAAAACACUGGAUGAUGGUCUUGGACAUGGUACGUUUGUGGCAGGAGUGAUAGCCAGCUCCAGGGAAUGCCUCGGGUUUGCUCCGGAUUCUGAGAUCUACGUCUUCAGAGUAUUCACAAACAACCAGGUAUCCUAUACAUCCUGGUUCCUGGAUGCGUUCAACUACGCCAUUCUGAAGAAAAUCAACGUCCUCAACCUCAGUAUCGGGGGCCCUGACUUCAUGGACCAUCCUUUUGUGGAUAAGGUAUGGGAGCUCACUGCCAACAAGGUGAUCAUGGUGUCGGCUAUCGGUAAUGAUGGACCGUUAUAUGGUACGCUAAACAACCCAGCGGAUCAGAUGGACGUGAUCGGGGUGGGAGGUAUCAACUUUGAGAACCAGAUCGCCAGAUUUUCAUCUCGAGGAAUGACCACAUGGGAACUACCCCAGGGGUACGGACGCGUCAAACCAGACAUUGUCACAUACGGCUCUGCUGUCAGGGGAUCAGCUCUCAAGAGUGGCUGUCGAUCGCUGUCUGGGACCAGUGUUGCCUCCCCUGUUGUGGUAGGGGCUAUCACCCUACUGUACAGUGCUGUGUUGGACAGAGCCCAUGUGAUCAAUCCUGCCAGUAUGAAGCAGGCCUUGAUGGCGUCAGCAAGACGUCUCCCCGAUGUUAAUAUGUUUGAGCAGGGUCACGGCAAGCUGGACCUUAUCAAGGCCUACCAGACACUGCGUACCUACAAACCACAGGCCAGCUUGAGCCCCAGCUAUAUUGACCUGACGGAGUGCCCGUACAUGUGGCCCUACUGUUCACAACCUCUCUACUACGGACAGAUGCCUAUCAUCAUUAAUGUCACUAUUCUAAAUGGAAUGGGCGUCUCGGGAAAGAUUGUUGACAAGCCGACGUGGCACCCGUACCUACCUCACCACGGUAACUACCUGGAGGUGGCGCUGUCCUACUCAUCCUCCCUGUGGCCGUGGUCUGGAUACCUAGCCGUGUCCCUGUCUGUCGCCAAGGGUGGUAACGCCUGGGAGGGCAUCGCUCAGGGCCACCUCUCCCUCAUCAUAGAGUCUCCUCCUGAGGGUGAGGAAACAGAACCAAGAAGAACAACAUUGAAAUUGUCUCUCAAAGUGAAGGUCAUCCCUACUCCUCCCAAAAGUAAACGUGUACUUUGGGACCAGUAUCACAACCUGCGGUACCCGCCCGGCUAUUUCCCGAGGGACAACCUAAGGAUGAAGAAUGACCCCCUUGACUGGAAUGGGGAUCAUAUCCACACAAAUUUCAAAGACAUGUACCAACAUCUGAGGAGUAGCGGCUACUUUGUGGAGGUCUUAGGUUCCCCGUUCACCUGUUUUGAUGCCAGCCAGUACGGGACGCUGAUGAUCGUGGAUGCUGAGGAGGAGUAUUUCCCGGAGGAAGUGACCAAACUCAAGCGCGACGUUGACAACGGCUUGUCCAUCAUCAUCUUCGGGGACUGGUAUAACGUGUCUGUGAUGAGGAAAGUCAAGUUCUAUGAUGAAAACACCAGACAGUGGUGGAUGCCAGACACUGGAGGGGCUAAUCUACCUGCCACUAAUGACCUACUGGCACCAUUUGGAAUGGCAUUCAGUGACCAAGUGUACGAGGGAGACUUCAUGAUGGGAGAACAUGACAUGUACUAUGCCUCCGGGACAAGUCUGGCAAAGUUUCCUGACGAUGGUGUGGUUUUAAGUCAUAAUUUAAAAGAUCAAGGUCAUGAAGUUCUGAAGGGAGAAGCUAAGACGGUGGAAGGCGUGGCCAUUCUCGGCCUGUACCAGACCACAGCGGCUCCAGAAAGUGGGCGUGUCGCCCUGUUUGGGGACUCCAACUGUCUCGACAACAGUCACAUGCAGAAAGACUGUUUCUGGCUACUUAGUGCCCUGUUAGAGUACACGGCCUACAACAGCCUUGUUCCCCUGUUCUCCAGCACGGACCAGUCCAUCCUGCCUCCUGCGGAGCUUCCACUGAGAAUGGAGGGGAAUCACCUGCAUCGUUAUUCAAAAGUGCUAGAAGGUCACCUAGGGUCACCAAGGUCACGACCUUUACCGCAGUGUCCAAGACUGAUCUGGACGGCAGCACAGCCCCUGAAUGUAUCCGCUCCAUCAAAUCUGUACCAGCAACAGAAGUUACUGUCAACAGGACUGGACAUUCCCGUACCAGCUGGGAUUGAUCGUCGGGACAGCGACCUGAUGCCCAACAUGGGGAUCGUCAAGGAGACUGGCGGCUUCCAGGCAGACCCACUGAUGAAGCCAGCCAAUCAGCUGCAGGACGUGGACUCAAACAGCGUGUUUCCUGUAGUGGCCUUCGUCGCCACAGGACUUGUGCUCCUCUUCCUCCUCAACCAGUACUAUAAAAGUCGCUCGAAGCCCAAAAAGAGGCGACCAAGAUUAAAAAAGUUCCACCAAAUAUUUACGGGGAAGGUGCCCAGUGUAUGAUGUUUAUUGUGUGUUAGGCAAGUGUGAAUCUGAGGGUGAAUCUGUGUUAGGCAAGUGUGAAUGUGAGGGUGAAUCUUAUAUACUUGUUGUGUAGGUGAUAUCUGUGUGCUGAGGAAAUGUGUGUUAGCUACUGUGUUAUGAGGACAUAUGUGUGUGUUAACCUGUGUGGUGUGGUACUCCAUGUGUGAAUCUUAUUUGUUGUGAAAGUAAAACCCUCGUGUUGUGAACAGCGAUGAGUGUUCCCUGUUUGAAAAUUGACGGGUGCCAUAUCCUUUAGAAUGUUCAGAUAAAUGUGAAAAUAUGGAAAACUAUACAAUAAUUAUUUUUGGAGGAGUAUCUUCAAAAGGUAAAACAAAAAUUUCUAGACAAUCCAUGGAAUUUAUUUCAAAAUAGGGUGAAAACUACAAAGUGUUGUGGCUUUCGUUUUAAAGUUGUUUACGGAACUCCAAUGGUUUAAAAUAUCAAACAUAAUUUCAUCGGUGUAGCACCUGAAUAUAUAGGGAUUGAACGGUGUUUUAAAAAAAAAAUCAUACGGUUAUAAACGCAAAUCGCUUACAUCCAUAUUGCAUGAAACCCACUAGGGUAGUUGAGUAAGGACGAUAUUUAUAAGAAAUUACAUUAACUUAAUUGUAUGUCAUAUUGUUUUGUAGGAUCAAAAGUUUGCAGUUUACACAAAUUUUUGACUCAUCCUUUUAAUGUGAAUUAAGGUAACGAUAUACAACGCACAAAAAACAAUUAAAUCAACUGUAAAUUCUUGCUAGGUAUUUAGGUGUAGUAUUUUUCAACUGAUCCUUUUAAUGUGAAUUUAGGUGAAUACAGGUAAUCGACUGUUUAUUCUUUAUAGGUGUUUAGGUGUAGUGUUUGGAAUCGAUUGAACAUUUGUGAUUGAUCGUGACAUAUUUUCAAACGAUCGAUUAUUGUUUAUGAACUGAAAGGAAAAACGAACAUUUGAAGCAUUCCAUUUCAACAAAACAUAUAAAAUGCAUUGAGUAAUUUUAAAUACCUAGCUAUAUAAGCAGAAUUGUUGUUUUAAUGUAGUUUAUUAUUGAGAUGGCAUAAUUGUUCAUUUGAUAUAUUUCCAUGUCUGCUCCAUAUCACUUGAAAUUUUUUCCAUAUCUUAGUCAAACUAUAAUCCGUCGUACAGUAUCAUGAUUGAUUAUAAUCAGUCAUGGCUGAAAUACAGUAUAAUGACUUGAAAUUGAUUUCAUUAAUUGGGACGACCCUCAGAUAUUUAUGCAAGGUGUUUCAAUAUGUUUCCUUGUCUGAUAUGCAAGAUAUGGGAGAAAAUGUUCAAUAUUAUGAUUGCUUGGUGAAAUACGAUAUUUCACUGAAAAUGUUGUUUUUUAUCUACUGAAUUAGAUUUACUGUGCGUAGAUGUGCGAUAGGAAAUUUUCUGUAUUUCUUGUCAAUAUUAUUAAUGUGUACAAAUUCCACACCUGCCAACUACAUCAUACCAUAUUUAUCCUGAAAUAAGCCCAGGGGGGCCCCAACACAUAAUCUCUGACACAAAGUGGGUGGGUAGGCUUUAUUGACUCAUUCACCCCUGAAGACACUUUUGAACUCUUCCAUUUCAAAGGUUGGAAUGGUUCAUUAUGAUCUUCACGGGUGAAUGAGUUUCAGGACAAAGAAACAGCAUUUAUGGGCAUUUCCACUGAACUGUAAUAGAUAGUGGUGCGCUUAUUACCAGGCAUGGGCUUAUUGUCGGAUAAAUAUGGUUAGUUGUUUUCAUGUCAUUUUCUCUUUAUAUCUGAUUAUCCCACCAGCUUACGACACAAUUUAUUAUACUGUUAAAAUUACAACAUGAACACAAGCAUGGAAAAAGGAAGAAUGUGUGCUCUUGUGCAAGUAAUAACUAAUAUUAACCCUUUCACCACUUUAGACCAAAAUGGACUCAUCCAGAUCAAUGCAUGGUAGAGUCAACUAAAGUUACAUAGGGGUUAAAGGGUUAAACUUAGUUCCAAAGAUAGAGCCAACGCCGUUUCUCUUAUUUAGGUUUGGUUGGUUCUGUUUAUCCCUUAGCUGGAUACCACCCGGUAUGCAGGGCGAUUAAAGAAUAGGGAAAACUAGGUAUAGAAGUCAAUCGCAACCAGCUCGGGAUAAGAUGGGUUUUAUUUAUUCGGAAACGUCUACCCGUUUCGCCCGAACAGUGGGCUUCUUCAAGACGAUAUUUUGACAAAAUUUGUCCCAUAAAGUACAAAAAAUUGGGGGAAUCUUUGCAUUGUUAUAUGUGAUGUCAUACAAUAGAUGUCACAUGAUUAUCCAUAAACGGUAACUCUAAUGUUUCUAUGGCCUUCCGCAAUGUUCCAUCACGUACCGUAAAUAAAGCCAGUCUUAUCCCAAGCUUGUUGCAGUUGUUAUUCCCUGCUUAACGUUCAGCAUUUAGUGGAAAUGGCACAACUGGUUCAGCCGUUGUCAAUAUAAUGUGACUGGGCGGAAUGCUGUGCUGGGUGCCUUCUGCAUGGUAUUUCAGUGAGCUAGC